CUAAGUCUAGUUUAGCCUCACACACAAAUCUGACUUAUUUCCCCUUCAACCUUGGCCUUUCACUCCUUCUUCUCUCACUCACAUUCCAUACCUGUGUGAUUCAGAAGCACCCUUUUCAUCUCUUCAGAUUCCUUCAACCAGAGGCAGGGUCAUAGAGAAACAGAGAAGAAUCAUAGAACAAGAACAAGGAUAGUGAGUGGAGUGUUUCUUGGACCAUGAAGCAUCAUAAAGAUAAAGAUGGAAAACCGUACAACAAUCCGGAUAAGAACCGGUCUCUGACUUUGGUAUUCACUGUGAUUGCUCUGUGUGGAUUAUCUUUCUAUCUUGGUGGAGUCUUCUAUGCUGGAAAGGAUGGUGUUGUCGUCAACACCAUUCAGAAAACCUUUGACACUUCUAGGCAGCCCUCAGGUUCUCUGCAAAUCAGAACCAUCAGUUUCCCAGAAUGCAGCACUGAUGAUCAAGACUACACCCCUUGCACAGAUCCAAAGAGAUGGAGAAAGUAUGGCACCUAUAGGCUUACUUUGUUGGAACGCCAUUGCCCUCCAAUUUCUGAGAGGAAAGUAUGCUUAGUUCCUCCUCCAUCUGGAUACAAGCCUCCAAUCAGAUGGCCAAAGAGUAGAGAUGAGUGUUGGUACAGGAAUGUUCCAUAUGACUGGAUCAACACGCAGAAAUCUAAUCAGCAUUGGUUGAGAAAGGAAGGGGAGAAAUUUCUCUUUCCUGGUGGGGGUACUAUGUUCCCCAAUGGUGUUGGUGAGUAUGUUGAUUUAAUGCAAGAUCUGAUCCCAGAAAUGAAAGAUGGAACUGUUCGAACCGCAAUUGAUACUGGUUGUGGGGUUGCUAGCUGGGGAGGUGACUUGUUGGAUCGUGGGAUUCUCACAAUUUCUCUUGCCCCAAGAGAUAACCAUGAAGCUCAGGUUCAAUUUGCUUUGGAACGUGGUAUCCCAGCAGUUCUUGGUGUCAUCUCCACACAGAGACUUCCUUUCCCAUCAAAUUCAUUUGACAUGGCUCAUUGCUCCAGAUGCCUUAUCCCUUGGACAGAAUUUGGUGGAAUUUAUCUACUUGAAAUACACCGUAUUCUUCGUCCUGGUGGAUUCUGGGUUUUGUCUGGUCCACCGGUGAACUAUGAGCGUAGAUGGCGUGGAUGGAACACAACCAUUGGAGAGCAAAGAUCAGAUUAUAACAAGCUGCAAGAUUUGCUGACUUCAAUGUGCUUCAAACUGUACAACAAAAAGGAUGACAUUGCUGUGUGGCAAAAGGCUAAAGACAACAACUGCUAUGAUAAGCUUUCUUUAGAAAGCUACCCUCCAAAAUGUGAUGACAGCCUUGAACCAGAUUCAGGAUGGUACACUCCGCUCCGCCCUUGUUUCGUAGUUCCGAAUCCAAAGUACAAGAAAUCAGCUCUCACAUACAUGCGUAAGUGGCCUGAAAGACUGCAUUCCUCUCCGGAACGGAUCACAGGGGUUCAGGGUUCGAGUUCUAGCACUUUCAGCCAUGAUGACAGCAAGUGGAAGAAGCGGAUUCCGCACUACAAGAAGUUGCUGCCUGACCUUGGUACAAGCAAGAUAAGGAAUGUGAUGGACAUGAACACAGCUUAUGGAGGUUUUGCUGCAGCCUUGAUCAAUGAUCCCUUGUGGGUCAUGAAUGUGGUCUCAUCUUAUGGUCCCAAUACUCUCCCUGUCGUUUUUGAUAGAGGCCUUAUUGGAACCUUCCAUGACUGGUGUGAAGCUUUUUCAACAUAUCCUAGGACUUAUGACCUCCUUCAUCUUGAUGGACUCUUCAGUGCAGAAAGCCACAGAUGUGAAAUGAAGUAUGUGAUGCUGGAAAUGGACAGAAUUUUAAGGCCUGGUGGACAUGCUAUCAUUCGAGAGUCCACUUAUUUUGUGGACGCCAUUGCAGCCAUGGCCAAGGGUAUGCGAUGGAUGUGUCAUAAAGAUGAAACUGAGUAUGCUGCUGAGAAAGAGAAGAUGUUGGUAUGCCAGAAAAAGCUAUGGCAGGCAUCCAACUCAGGUUCAAGAUGACAAACUCAGGAACCUGUGCAGUGAGAGAGGGGGGAUGGCUAUGUUCGUAAUUCCACAAGUAGAAAAGCAGAGGGAACGAAUUCAGAGCCACUCUCCGCAAAAAGAUUGAUUCAUUCCAUAAUACACACACGUCAAGAAUCAAGUUACAAGUUUUUAUCUAGUGAAGAAUUGGUAACUCAAUAAUCUGAUUUUGUUAAGUUAUAUAGAAAAUUUUCAUUUAGAUACUUAUUCUUUAUAUGGCACCAAAUGUAUCCGGUACCCCUCUUGUUUGUCUAGUUUUUGUUGUGUAAUAUCCAAGUAAAUUCAUGUGGAGAAUUGAACAUUUGAGAUCCCACAAAAAGCAUAUGAUAUGCAGUUUUUAUACAUGAAUUGGAAUUCCUUACAA